UACAUCAUGCACAAUUACAGAGCUGUUGCCGGGGAAUAAACUAUUCUAAGAAAAAGAAGAUUCUGUGAUUUUACUUCGACCGGAAUAGUGAAUUUAUUUCAAGGUUCUGUGCAAUCAUGUCAUUUGGCUUCACUACUUGUUCGGAGUAUUGUUCAUUUAUAUUCUGGAUAUAAAACUCCAUCCAUUUGUGUCUGCUAACUGUGCUUCAAAGAACGCAACUGUCUUAGAAUUUCUCGACAAAAGACUGGCCGGUAGGCCUCUUGCCGUCGGCGAAAGUGCCAUUUGCGAUUACUAUCUGGAUGAAAGAUGGUAUUCCAUGUACAGCUACACACUGGCUUCUACCAGUGCUGGGUGUGGCACAGACUAUAACUGGUACAGAACGGGUGAGCUUCCGACGGAAAAAAAUGUUGAAGUACCUUUGGAAAUGUGUAGAAAUGGCAUUGGCGAUGCGUGUGACCGAAAUGUGAAAGCAAGAACAAUGCUUUGUGACGAUGGCUCUUAUAUAUUUUUCCUUCCGUAUGUGUUGGGAUGUCCAGAGGCAUACUGCAUUGAGAGCCGAGACAAUAAAACUUCGAAAGUGAACGACGAACCACCAAACAUCACUGAAACUAAAAUUGUCCUGGAAACAGCUACUGCAUUUCGUGACGGACGAAAUGUGCUGGAAUUUUAUUGCGAUUUCGCUACCGCUCCAAACACGUCGUUAUUUUAUAUGGCCACUUAUGCGAUAACAACGGGACAACUCGUUACAAAUGAAUUGUACGUUUCCGAACGUGCUCAGUACCAGAACAAGACACAAUUCAGAGAGAGGGUUAAAAUGACUGAGACUGAUCUACAACAGAAAAUAGCACGACCAUUAGGGAUCCACAUGGAAUGUUACAUCGAAGCAAGUUACCAAGCUGCAUCAGCAAAGAGCAAUCAGGUGGUCAGCAAACCGAAGUUUAUUGGAAUAGAGUGUUUAAACAAAGAAAAUCUGACGCUUGACAGCAAGAGUCCUCUACAUUUACAGUUUCGACCUACAAUACCAUUCGGAUGUAAAAACGGUGGUCCAACGUGCGAAUUAAACAUUGAGCUGUACACUCCAACACCAACACAAUGCAAACUACCAGAGCCUGUUUCAAAGAUGAGCAAUCUAAUACGGAGGAGAACAUCAUGCGGGCUAGUAAUUUCAAACGAUAUAAAAAAGACGUAUAACCUCACAGUACAUAAUUUACCGGGUUCGCUUAGAAAUACAGGCAACAUGAGGCUGAAAUUUACACUUUUCUUGCGAACAAUAGAAAAUUAUCACAAUCAUCCAUUUUUCGGAGGAUAUCAACUUGACCCAAUAACGGUCAGUAUCAAUGAUGACAAACCGCCUAAAUUGUUGGGCGCCCAAUGUUACUCUACUACAGAUCCAAGAAUGAGAACAUUUGAUAGAAGAUAUUAUAGUCUUCAAGAAAGAGGUACCUUCAUAUUGUAUAAAAGUAACAGUUUGGAACAAGAGGUGCAGAUGAAAACAACAGCAUGCUCACCAGGCUCUAGUGUGUACUGUAAUUGUGGUGUGGCAGUUCGAGCAGGAAGAGAUCUGUAUGUGUUAGAUUUAUGCAACAAUAACCGUAUCAAGACUGGUAUGUUUAGAGUAUGCGAUCAUGGACUUAUGGUGAAGGAGCUAUCUGCUGGGAUCGGUUCUGAAACGUUGGUACUCCCAUCUGGGGCACAAGUGAACAUUAUUAUUAGAUCGAUUCAUCUUCACAUUUAUAUAAGCCCAUCUGCUAAUGAUUACCUUGACACGGACGGGCUUUGUGGAUCUUUUGAUGGUGAUUCUGCUAACGACGAUGUAUUAAAUUUCAAAAAAUGGCGAGUUGACAAUAAUCGAAAACACCUGGACUUAUUCAACUGGAAAAACGACGCAAGGCUACCAGAAUGGAGCGAAGAUACUUUUUUAUGCAAAUGUCCUCAAUUAAAAAACCGAUUUGAGACACGAGUCGAAUGCCACUCUGAGUCACAGAAAACAUGUGAUCCCGAUUCAAAAACAAGAGGUACAGGCAGUAUGUUAAGAAAAGUCAGACGAUGCAUGACUACUACGUCAAUAACAAAGCGCGAUGGCACGAAGCAUUUUAAAAUGGUGCAUGAUUUCUACAGAAGUACUAAAACAGCCUUUGUAUCUAAACUUGAAAAAAGACAAACCAAAACUCCUGAAUUUCUGUCAAAGAGAUCAGCGGAAAUACCGUACACCGAAGAAACAGCAUAUACGGAUUGUAUGAAAGUGUUAAAUACAACCGCGUUUCAGAUGUGCAGUGAUAUUCCAGGGUUGAAUUUUACCAGUUUUAUUACGCACUGCGUCCUUGAUGCUGUAGAUUCAAAUAGCAUGUACUGGACCCAAAGUUACUUGGAGGGAAUAAAAUCGAAAUGUGUUUAUGAAAUAAAGGCUGAACAGCCGCUACCCCCAGAAGAAUAUGAAGGACUGACAAUUGAAAUAAACGGAACUACGACAACUUUCGAAAAUAUAACGGAAAACAAUAUUACAUUACCUAAAAUAGAGACCAUCCCUGAAUUCAGCGAAGAAAAUCUAAAGGCUAUUGAAAGUGUUGUCUGUUUGAAUGAGUGCAGUAAUCAAGGAAACUGUGUUAAUGGCACGUGUGAAUGUAAUGAGCCUUUCAUUGGGAGUGAUUGCUCAAUAGACUCAUCACUUCCUCCGGAGAUGUUAGGAAUACCAGAUGAAGGCAUGUGUGACUACCAGCAAAGACCAUGUAACAUUAUUUACAUUUAUGCAGACAACAUUGCGGACACAGGCUUUAUGUGUCGUCUGACUCCUUUUGAGGUGACUUCCAGUGAGGUCACAUACCAGCACGAAAAAACAAUUGAGAUUCCCGGAAUAAUCAAUGGUUUUUCCGAAGUAGCUUGCGACAUAGCGGACCAUCGAGCAAAACGCUCUGCGACAAUGGAUUUCCCAAACGAAAUUAUUGCUAUUGGGUUUCGUGUUGGCUUAAGCAAUAACAACAAAACGUACAGUGAAGAGGAUUCUGUUGUUCACUUUGAUUCAGAUUGUGUUCAAUGUGAAAAACAUGCCGGAAACGUCGCGUGCGAGGAGCUGCCUGGAUUUUGCGUUAGUAACGGACGAUGCUACGAGGUCAAUGAGACACACCAGUGUUUAAAGUGCUCAAGAAAAUCAGAUGAAACGCACUUCUGGAAGCCAGACUGCGAAAACAACACUGUCACUCUCAAACCGGGUAUAGAGACGGUACCGACUUCUGGUGACGACACAUGGUUGAUACUAGCUAUUGUUAGUUCCGUCAUUGGCGUGCUGAUUCUGGUUGUCGGGGCAGUCGUAGUAAAAAGGUGUAAGAGACGGCAGGAAAACGUAGACAUCCAGAGUAAGAAUGCCAAAGAUGGAGUCAAUAUUCCCCUGUGCGAAUUAAAGUAAACCAGUCUUUUUUUCAGAGAAUCGAGAUGACAUUCAAAAGUGAAAAUACUUAUAAACACAAUUGACCUGUAAUCCGUUAAACGAAAUAAACAUGUUUGCUGUUUAUAAACUAUAAGUAUAAUUAUUUUAAUAGUAAUUGUUAAAAUAGUAUGCGAUGUAUUAUAUACGUCAUGUAUAAGUUUGGUAUAAGCAUCAAAUCGUAAACUAUAUCUGAUUUUGUGCUUUUACAUUUAUGCACACCAGGUGUUGUAGCAGUUACGUUAUUCUACAAGUAAAUGUUUGAGCAUAUAAGGAAAAUUGUUGUGUCAAUCAUAAACGCAUUGUUUACAGUUUUGUCCAUCAAAAUAUGAUUGUGUGUUUCACAUAGAAAAAAUAUUUUUGUGAUUUUUGUGUCACUAAAAUGUUAAAAAUAAGGUUCUAAAGUGUGCUGAACCUCAUCCCGAUACAUAUGGCUCAAUCUCUGUUGUGUUCGAUGUUUUUGUUUAUGUCUACGAAUAAUCUCAUAUAUAAAUUACUGUUCUUGAACGAUUAGUAUUAAUUUUCCUCCUGAUUGAGUGAAAGGCUAAUAAAAAAAAAAUACCUUGUGUUUAAAAGUAUGUUCACCUAACCUAUUAUAAAUUAACAUCAACUUUUGUAUGUCAGUAACUUUCUCUGCGGUCUAUAUUAUUACGACUUUUGUUUAUAUGCUACAUAAACCAAAGGCCCCAUUUUCUCGUAACUUCUUAAGUCUCUUAUAACCGGAUUAAGCUAAACUCACUAUUUUUGUUUUUCAAUAAUUUGCAUAAUAUUUACUUCUUUAAAGUUUUGAUACUUUACAUAGGAAUUGUCUUUAUCUUAAUUACAUUCAACCAAUUUGCAUUAAUCAAAAUUCAAUUAAAGUAUGUAUUUUAGCUAAUUGAAAUAACCUACUUAAGUCUGUUAAGCUUAAGAAGUUUCGAGAAAUUUGGGCCAGGAAAGAAUAUGUUUACCGCAGUGCAGUGAGAGUGGUCCCUGAGUGCAGAUCAAUAGUACCAAGGAUCGAAUCCUGCUGUAGACGCACAUAUUUCUAUUUUUUCUUAUUGUCGAUUUCCAUUUUAAUCAUCAUACUAAUAAAGUUUGUUGUUUUUUUUAUUAAUCACCAUGAAUGAGUUUUCCGAUUUCGUAUUUAUUAUUAGGAUAACAUAAAAAUACUACUGCGAAAAUGCCUUAAAGGUCAAAUUUAGAAAAAAAACUGGGUUCUUGUGAAACACAGAAUAUAUGUUUUUAGUACGGCACAGUCAAAUAUGUAAACUGUUUUGUAUAUAGCUAUAGCAAAAAUGUAGUGUUAGUGCUUUAGAAAAAUACAAAUUUUUUCAAUGUUUACACUUGAGAUUUACGAAAUAUUCUUUGCCUACUUUAUAUUUAAUCACCAUAAACUUUAGAUGUGUUGUACUUGUUUUAUUUUGUAUAAGAAUGAAUUGAUUUUAUGUAAUGUUUAAUAUACGUGUUUAUAUUUAUAUAUUUUUAUACAGCUUCACUUUCAUUUAGCAUCAAACAAAUCAUAUUGUUCAAUCUGAUAUAAUGUUUAAAUCAACUUAAAACUCAUAAAUGGCCUCCGUUCUUCCAACGUGUUUCACUCGCAUUUUUCAAAUUAUGUAAUUAUGCUAUUUUUAAAUUCAUUUACAGUUGCUGUCAAUACUGUAUUUUUAUUAUGUUUUUAUCGUGAUGCUAAAAUUAAUUACAAUGCACGUGUAAUAUGUACGAUUGUUUUUAUGCCCCCGAAGGUGGGCAUAUUAAAAUCGCACCGUCCGUCCGUCCAUCCUUCCGUCCGUCCGUGUGUCCGGCUCAAUAACUCGUGUUCGGGCUGUAACUUUCCCUUGUAUGGACAGAUUUCAAAAUAACUUGCCACAUGUUUUCGGCAUACCAAGACGACGUGUCGCGUGCAAAACCCGUGUCCUUACCUCUUAGUUCAAGGUCACACUUGGUGUUUAUUCACAAUGGAAUGCUGCAUAUAAAGACAUAGAGUAUAGGUUGUCGUGUCCGGACUGUAACUUUCCCUUGUAUGGACAGAUUUUAAAAUAACUUGCCACAUGUGUUCGGCAUACCAAGACGACGUGUCGCGUGCAAAACCCGUGUCCUUACCUCUUAGUUCAAGGUCACACUUGGUGUUUAUUCACAAUGGAAUGCUGCAUAUAAAGACAUAGAGUAUAGGUUGUCGUGUCCGGACUGUAACUUUCCCUUGUAUGGACAGAUUUUAAAAUAACUUGCCACAUGUGUUCGGCAUACCAAGACGACGUGUCGCGUGCAAAACCCGUGUCCUUACCUCUUAGUUCAAGGUCACACUUGGUGUUUAUUCACAAUGGAAUGCUGCAUAUAAAGACAUAGAGUAUAGGUUGUCGUGUCCGGACUGUAACUUUCCCUUGUAUGGACAGAUUUUAAAAUAACUUGCCACAUGUGUUCGGCAUACCAAGACGACGUGUCGCGUGCAAAACCCGUGUCCCUACCUCUUAGGUCAAGGUCACACUUGGUGUUUAUUCACAAUGGAAUGCUGCAUAUAAGGACAUAGAGUAUAGGUUGUCGUGUCCGGGCUGUAACUUUCCCUUGUAUGGACAGAUUAUAAAAUAACUUGCCACAUGUGUUUGACAUACCAAGACAACGUGUCGGGUGCAGGACCCGUGUCACUAUUUCUUAGGUCAAGGUCACACCUAGUGUUUAUUCACAAUGGAAUGCUGCAUAUAAGGACAUAGAAUAUAGGUAGUGUUUGGGCUGUAACUUUCCCUUGUAUGGAUAGAAUUUAGAAUAACUUGCCACAUGUGUUCGACAUACCAAGACGACGUGUCGCGUGCAAGAACCGUGUCCCUACCUCUAAGGUCAAGGUCACACUUAGGUGUUUAUUCACAAUGGAGUGCUGCAUAUAAGGAUACAGAGUAUUGGUUGUUAUGUCCGGGCUGUAACUUUUUCUUGUAUGGACAGAUUUUGAAAUAUCUUGCCACAUGUGUUCGACAUACCAAGACGACGUGUCACGUGCAAGACCCAUGUCCCUACCUCUAAGGUGAAAGAUACACUUAGUGUUUAUUCACAAUGGAAUGCUGAAUAUAAGGACAUACGAAUGUAGGUUGUCAAGUAUGGGUGGUAUUUUUUAUGUUCAGAGGCAAUUUAAAAUAACUUGCCAUAUGUAUUUGUUUGAUCUUUAACUUUUCAUGUACUGACCUUGUUCAUAGGUCAAUGUCACAUUCGGGGGCAUUCGUCACAUACUGUGACAGCUCUUGUUUAUGUAUGUUUAUAUGCUAAUUCAUAAUUUGUAUUUAUGUAUACGUAUCAAAAAUAUAUUCAAUCUUAUGUA